GGGGCGGGGGCAAGUGAGGCCUCUUUGCCUCAUUGUCCCCUAGCGACGCCCGGACAUCGCGCAGGUCGCCGGCAGCAUGAAGAUCUGGACUUCGGAGCACGUCUUUGACCACCCAUGGGAAACAGUUACAACAGCUGCAAUGCAGAAAUACCCAAACCCUAUGAACCCAAGUGUGGUUGGAGUUGAUGUAUUGGACAGACGUAUAGAUCCCUCUGGAAAGCUGCACAGCCAUAGACUUCUCAGCACAGAGUGGGGACUGCCUUCCAUUGUGAAGUCUCUUAUUGGUGCAGCAAGAACCAAAACAUAUGUGCAAGAACAUUCUGUAGUUGAUCCUGUAGAAAAAACAAUGGAACUUAAAUCUACUAAUAUUUCAUUUACAAAUAUGGUUUCAGUAGACGAGAGACUUGUAUACAAACCACAUCCUCAGGACCCAGAAAAGACAGUUUUGACUCAAGAAGCCAUAAUCACUGUGAAGGGCGUCAGCCUCAGCAGUUACCUUGAAGGACUGAUGGCAAGUACGAUAUCUUCAAAUGCUAAUAAAGGCCGAGAAGCAAUGGAAUGGGUAAUACGUAAGUUAAAUGCUGAGAUUGAAGAAUUGACAGCUUCAGCAAGAGGGAGCAUCAGGACACCAAUGGCAGCAGCAGCAUUUGUAGAGAAAUGAUUAUGAAAGCUGAUAUACGACCCUCAGUCCCCCAGGUCUCUGCAAGCUGACAAGAUAUUUAUUUGUUAUUUAAAAAAUACAACAAUAUUUUAGGUAGAAUUUUUUUUAAUAAGCUAGAAAAAGGCUAUGUGACUUGUGAUCAAAACAAAGAGGUACAUACAGGUUUUCUAAAUAAAAGGGAUCAUCUGAAAUUAGUGUUGUUUGAAAUGACCGUCUAAUUUUGAGGAUUCCAGUAUUUAUGUGAAAAUUUAAGUUUUUGAAAAGUACUUGGUAAUAGGUUUUGGCAUUUUAAAUCUCCUUAAGGUAGAAUUUUAAAGCUUUUCAUGCAUUGGAACUCUACCUGGCUUUGGACCAACCCCAGAACAAAGCAGAGCCUCCUCUUAAAUACACACAGUUGCCCUGCUGUGGGAAACUUCAGGAGCUUGCAUGAGGAACUCACUUUUUUAAAAGAAGAGAUUGUAUAGUUUUAAAAGACAUUAAUUUGUAUAAAAUAACUUGCUCUGCUAUAAACCACCAUUAAAAACCAGUGUUUUAAUUUGGUACUUAAAUGACAUUUUUGGAGUGAAAAUUAUCACUAAAGUAAUGUAUGACUUCAACAAAAAUAUGAUUUUAUUGUAUCAAAGAGUACUGUAUUGAUUUGCCAAAGUUUAUAACUUAGUAAAGGUAUUACCUUCCUUGGAUUUGUACUUUAUGACUUAGUAUGCUGUACCGUGGGUUGGUUAUAUUAACUGAAAAAAUAAAGUCAUUACCGGAAUUUUGCAGCACUCUAAACUUAAACAGAAGAACAGCUGUUCACAUCUUUUAGCAUUUCACAUUUGCCUAACUUAUAAAUUGCCAUGUGUCAAAAUCAUGGUUCUGUAAUUGCUAAAGCAUGAUAUGUCAGGUUAUUUGAAUAUAAUUAGUUUUUGAAGUAAUUGUGACCACAAAACAUCUUUUUUACAUGAAGAGCUGUACAUCAUUUGAAAUUACUCAAAUGACAUCUUGAUCUGGAGCAUAAAUCCCAGGUACUUAAUGUUUUUAAUGAUGUGCCACUGCGGGAGUGGGGGCCGUGGGGGAGAAAAAAAGAAUAAUGAGGAGAACAAAAGCAUUGACCUAAACUAACCACCACGUGAAUUGCUUUGCAGCUUUUAUUUAUGGGAAAUCCUUAUUUUAGAUUCCAAAAGGCAGCUGCAAUCUCAAAAACAAUCCGGUAAAUGUAUUUUGUUUCCUAUUUUGUAGCAGGCAGUUACCACCCAGUAAAUCAUAUCUUUGAUACCUGCGGUUGUUGCAUACCGAGUAUUUUUGUUAAAAGGUGAUGAGCUCUUGCCUUUAUUUUACAAUGCUUCGUGUGAUAAACUUCUCAUCAGGUUUCCUAUAAGAGAAACCAGGUAAUAUAUGUACAUAAACCACAGAAAUAGUAUACCAAACUAUUUAAAAAUUAGUGUUUUUCUACUUGAAAUACUGUUUAGCUUAAGACUUCUUAGGGCAUUUGUAAAAACAAGUUAAAUCCAAUAAGGUUUUGAUUACUUUUUGUAACCAGAGAUGGUUUUUUACAAUUGAAAUAACAUUUCAGCUAAACAAAACAUUGCUAAAUAUUGAAUUUGAUAAAAAGUUGCCAUGUAUAAUUUCUGUAAAUUAUACUUGUUCUCAAAAAGAUGUAGUGCCCUAAUGAUGAAAAGAUUUCUAACAAGUUUUUAUCUUGUUUGAUUUUUUUAACUGAUCUAAUGGAAAAAUUCAGUAAAUUUUCAUUUUCCAAUAUAGUUAGUUUUAAUAGCUGGUAGUUUGGGCUUUUACCUGUUAAAAUAUAAACACACAGCAAGCAAAUGCAUUUGAGAGGACUAAACUGGAAUAGCGUUCGUAGAUUAGACUCUUGAACUGUGGAGCAUCUUAUCCUAUUAAAAAUGCACCUUACGUGAAUUAAGAAAAACUUUUUUGUUAAUAAAAAAUUCCUUUUAACUAUGA